AUGGAGAUUGCUCGGGGGGUCGGAACUCCAUUGCAAAUUGAUAAAGCCACAAGGGAAAGACAAUUUGGCUACUUUGCUAGAGUCUUAAUUGAUGUGGAUCUUGCUGGUGAACUACCACCUUCUUUGAUGGUUGAGCGUGAAACUCAUUGUUUUCAAAUUGAAGUAGUCUAUGAGAAUGUGUGUACUCAUUGUGGGAGGGUUGGCCACAUGGCUGACCAAUGCAGGGCCUUGAAGAGCUCUAACAAAGAGCAAAAUGCUCAAGUACAAAAGGCAGUUAAAAAGCCUUCUCUCAUUGGGCGUCAAGAGUAUCGUCCCAGGACGGCUGUAAACAAUGUUUCUGAGCAAAACUUGGACACUACUCCUCAGGUGCAACUCUCCCCUGAUGUUGCAAACCAUGAACAGAUUACUAAAUUUGCAGAAGAUGUUCUCACUGAGGCCAUUGACCAGGAAUUGGAUCGUAUUGCAGAUUUGGUCAUUAUUGAACCCAUAACCAACGGGAAGGCUGGAUGUUGUAGAGGCAACAUAACUCCUCUUAUCAAUAUGAAUAAUUCUGUCAUCCUUGCAAAUAAGGAAACUGAAGCAGGGGUUGACACUACUCCUAAUGAUUUUGUUGUAGUUGUUGGUCCAACUAUUUUGGAGGACCCUUCGGUCAAUAUUUCUGAUGAGGAUGAUGAAGUUGAGAUGUGUGAUGAUGAUGUGAGCUCCAACAUGGAGCUAAAUGCUUAUAGUACUGCCCAGCCAACCAACCCCCUUUCACAUAGUGGUCAGAGUUGGCAUGAUAUGGUGGAAGAGGAAAAUAUUAUUGAUCUGGCAGAUUUAGCUACGGGUCUUGCUCCCCCGGGAUUCGAACAUGUUGCAACUUUAGCCAAGGAUGUCUCAUUAAUUACUGGUCAUGGGGAUAACGGAGAUACAGAGAAUGGUUUCACACCGGUUCUCUCUAAGUCUCAACAGAAGAAACAAAGACGACAAGCUACUCUAGCUCUUGCUCGUGAAAACCCUUAUCCAAAGAGGGACAGAACAAAGAAUAAAAAGUACAAUCAAUGA